UGGCCCCACCUCAGGGCGUGUUCUGGAGGCCGCGUACUUCCACUUCCACGCUCUUUCGCACGUGUGUUCCCCGGCCCUCUUUGUAGUUGCCCGGAGGGCAGAUCUACCGGUCCUCUGUUGUUCCCCAGCCUGGAAUGAACCGCUUUCUGUUGCCGGUGUCCGUAGUGGGCACGGUGAUCGGUGGCACCGUGCUCCUCAAGGACUAUGUCGCUGGUGGGGCUUGUCCCAGCAAGGCCACCAUACCUGGGAAGACUGUCAUUGUGACAGGAGCCAACACAGGAAUUGGGAAACAAACUGCUUUGGAACUGGCUAAAAGAGGAGGCAACGUCAUUCUGGCCUGUCGUGACAUGGAGAAGUGUGAGGCAGCUGCGAAGGACAUUCGUGGAGAGACCUUGAAUCCCCAUGUACGAGCCCAACACCUAGACUUGGCUUCCCUCAAGUCCAUCCGAGAGUUUGCUAGGAAGAUCAUCAAAGAGGAGGAACGGGUAGACGUUCUGGUCAACAAUGCAGCCGUGAUGCGGUGCCCGCACUGGACCACUGAGGAUGGCUUUGAGAUGCAGUUUGGUGUCAACCACCUGGGUCACUUUCUGUUGACAAACUUGCUGCUGGACAAGCUGAAGGCCUCGGCCCCUUCGCGCAUCAUCAACUUGUCCUCCCUGGCUCAUGUUGCUGGGCACAUAGACUUUGAUGACUUGAACUGGAAGACGAAAAAGUAUGACACCAAGGCGGCCUACUGCCAGAGCAAGUUGGCUGUUGUCCUCUUCACCAAGGAGCUGAGCCGCCGGCUGCAAGGCACAGGUGUGACGGUCAAUGCUCUGCACCCCGGUGUGGCCAGGACGGAAUUGGGCAGACAUACAGACAUGCACAAUUCUGCCUUCUCCAGCUUCACACUUGGGCCCUUCUUCUGGCUGCUGUUCAAGAGUCCCCAGCUGGCGGCCCAGCCCAGCACAUACCUGGCAGUGGCAGAGGAACUGGAGAGUGUUUCUGGGAAGUACUUUGAUGGACUCAGAGAGAAGGCUCCAUCUCCUGAGGCUGAAGAUGAAGAAGUAGCCCGGAGACUUUGGGCUGAAAGUGCUAACUUGGUGGGCUUGGACAUGGCUCAUGGGUCCCCUGGAAGGGGGCAUUCCCUUCCCAGAUAACCUUCAAAGAUCCAGAUGGAACUGUAUUACCAAGGCCUCUGGCUGCCAUGCCCUCAUCCUCUGGGGGCACUGUUGGCAUUGUUACGCUCAAGACCAUGGUUGCUGGCUGACAUGUACUCAUCAUCCUCUAGAGGCAGCGUUGACACUGUUAAAAAGCAUGGCUACUGACUGCCAUGCAAUCAUCUUCCUCUAGAGGCAGUGUUGGCACUAUCAGAAUCUUAAGACUGUAGCUGUUGGCUGCCAUGCCCUCAUCAUCCUCUAGGGGCAGUGUUGGACUGUUAGACUCGCAAGACUAUCGAUGCUGGCUGCCAUGCUCCCAUUUUCCUUUAGAUGGCAAUGUUGGUCCUUUUUGUUAGCUGACCACAUUCAGUUGGACCACAG